GCUGCCAAGCUGCAUCAAACAGCUCUCAGGUUUCUGCUGAUACUGCAGCGUCAAGACAUGGCUCGAGUUUGCUCCUCUCUCUUACAUAUUCAGCAGUCCAUUUGCUCCUGCCACAUGCAUCCAUCUCCUGCCUCCCGCUGCUGCUGCCGUUGGGACGAGCCAAGAGCCACUCCGGAGAUGCGGUUGUGGGACUGCGGCUCUCUCACGUCUCUCCAGCCGAUGCUGCUCAGCGCCCGGCUCCUUCUCCAGAUGUUUUAAAGGAAGAGAUCAGGAGAGCCAGAAGAUACUUAGGACAGCCUCUUUUUAUUUAUUAAUUCAAGCCUUCGGAAAAAGACACUUUGCACUCUCUUCCACCCACCGACUCCCUCACUGCAGCCUGAGUGUAUGAAUAUUUAAGUGUCCAGGCAGUCCUGUACAGUGAUCGCUAUAUUAUUAAGAGGGGUGCAAGAGGAGGAGGAGGAGGGUUGAGUUUGCCACUGCGGUUUUUGUUUUGCUCAGAUUCUUUUGGAUGGUGCUGCAAGACAGCUUGUCGCAUUCUGGCACUGGCUCCUAACCAGCGCAUCUCACACAGAGCAGUUGCAUUUAGCUGCUGCAAAGCAGAGGGGACAUGCUUCACUCCUUCUCCCCAUAUCCCUUCAAACUGUGUGAUGAAGUUGUCAGUGCUCAGCUAAGUCUCCACCAUCUGCAAAGUGGGAUGCAUGGUGGUCAGGAAACUUACAGCAGGAGCUGAUCCCAGUGAAGCUGCAUGCAUCCGCAGUGAUGAUCGAGUCGGCAAGAAAAGUGGCCAGAUCGAGUUAAAGGCGAAAGGAGACAGCUGGGGAGGGGACCCCAGCCAGGAGUUGCACCCCAGAUACCUUCAGCCUCCUGGCCCUGGGGUGACAGGACCCCUCGCCUUACCUGCCCUCUGCCCUCACCCCCCAAAGCCCAGGUCCCCCAUUCUCAGUGCCACAAUGACUGUGAUGGCUGGAGAGAACAUGGAUGAGACUUCUGUGCUACCUGGCCACCCCCAGGAUAGCUACCAGCCUGCUGCCCAUGAUGACCAUGAAUGUUGUGAGCGUGUAGUGAUAAACAUUGCUGGACUACGCUUUGAGACACAGCUAAAGACCUUAGCCCAGUUCCCCAACACACUGCUGGGCAACCCCAAGAAGCGCAUGCGGUACUUCGACCCUUUGCGCAAUGAGUACUUCUUUGACAGAAACAGGCCCAGCUUUGAUGCCAUCCUCUACUACUAUCAGUCUGGGGGACGGCUUCGCCGGCCAGUCAAUGUUCCCUUGGACAUGUUCUCUGAGGAAAUCAAAUUUUAUGAGCUGGGUGAAGAAGCCAUGGAGAAGUUCCGGGAAGAUGAAGGGUUCAUCAAAGAUGAGGAGAGACCCUUGCCAGAGGGAGAAUACCAGCGCCAAGUAUGGCUCCUCUUUGAGUACCCAGAAAGCUCUGGGCCUGCAAGAGUCAUUGCAAUAGUCUCUGUCAUGGUGAUCCUAAUCUCCAUUGUGAUCUUCUGCCUAGAGACAUUACCUGAGCUGAAGGAGGACAAGGAGUAUACGGUGCAUCGUACUGACAACACCACUCAGGUCUACAAAUCCAACAUCUUCACAGAUCCUUUCUUUGUUGUGGAGACCCUUUGCAUUAUCUGGUUCUCCUUUGAGCUGGUGGUGCGUUUCUUUGCUUGCCCCAGCAAGACUGAAUUCUUCAAAAAUAUAAUGAACUUCAUUGACAUUGUGGCCAUCAUCCCUUACUUCAUCACCUUGGGCACUGAAAUGGCUGAGCGGGAGGGGACUCAGAAGGGAGAGCAGGCCACCUCCUUGGCCAUUCUGAGAGUCAUCAGACUGUGGAAGAGGACUGGAAGGGAAUUAAUGGCCAAACAAUGUAUCUCUGAGAAAAAGACAAGAUCUUUGUUCAUUUGGCAGAGACUGCCCAGAAGUAAUGUUUGCGUUAUGCUGGACAGAGAAAAUAAAAUACAGCGGUCUUAGUUGGGCUGUAGCUUGAUAAGACAAGGAAGCAAUUCCAGCCUCCUUUACCAGCCACUUCUCAAUGCUGGCUUCUUAGUUGCACUAUGUGGCUUUUUCUUCAUCCACUCUGCAAAGAGGAUAAAGGAACUGGUCCGACAUGAGUGAGGCAGCAGUGCUCAAUGGUGCAGAGAUAGGAAUGAAGGAGAGAGAUAGUGGGCAGGAAUCCCAGAGGCUGGUCUUACUGCCCAAAUUCUCCAUUAGGUCCUACCACUCUUAGCUACAGAUCACUAAGGAGCAGGCAGAGGAGCAACAGGGAGAGUGAAAAUGGAAGGCUGUGUACACCUUUCCUUCACAGAACUGAGAGGACUGUGCAGCAGCUCCAGCAGAGACAAUGAUGUGUAUUUACAUGUCUUUAGAAGCAGUUAGUGUACAGUAAGCCAGGACGUGUGUUCACAGCAUCCUAGAAAACCUAUACCUAAACCAGAUUCCCUACAUGGAGUUUCUUAAAAUUCACUACAAAGACUUCAAGAAAGCUAAUCCAAAUUAAUGAAAGGUGUGAGUAUAAUGUAGAUUUGUUAAACUGUUUUAAAAGCCUAGCAUGGACAUUCUGUUGCAGUAUAAAAGCAGCCUUAAUCUGAUUUGGAGUCAUUCAUUUUGGGAGGAAAGUAACCUGAAUUGAAUUAAGGCUGCCUUAAUUCUGUACACAAUGGGGCUUAAUGCAGUUUACCUCAUCUACCUUACAAGUUAAUUCAGACAGAUAAGCCUUUAGUACACAUUAAAUGUAAUGGAAUUGACACUACAUUGCUAGAGGUAGCCACCUUCUAUAAAACCUUUAGUGUACCACAAGAGCAUUUGUGUAGAUGGAGUGGAAGACCGAGUGCUGGAAAUUCACAGCCUGGCUUGCUGAUAGGCUAACAUCCCAUUCCUAGGACAAUAUCAGAGGUUUCCUUCCUUCAUUCAUGGCUUAUAUAUCUGUAGAUGUCAGAGUCAAUCCAGCUGUCUCCCAGGCGGUAAUGCUUACAAUAAUCACAGCCCAAGUAAACUAUUUUCCAAUUACAGAGUGUCUAACUGUGUUCAUUGCUUAUCUUGAUGUGCUGUAGAUCAGAGGAGUAAGCACUUGAAAGAGUGCAAAGCACUGAUGGCAGGACAAAAUUUAGCAAAAAAAAGGUAUUGUUUCAGUAGUGAUUUUAUCCAAAGAGAGAUUUCAGAGAUCAGACCCUUCUUAGCAAAUCAGCUGUAUAUUGUUCAUUAGAGGCUAUGUUAGCCCAAAUCAACAGUCUGACUAGUUGCUACUUUUAUUGAUGAAUUUUUACCAGUGGACUGUUAUUUUCCUUAAAGAGAAGUACAGAAUGUUUCUUUCUGUUAUAAAGAGCUGAAAUCCAGAUAUAACAUAAAAUAUGCUAUUGUAAGGAACUGAGGGCAAACAUCAGUUUUCCAUGGUUCAGACUUUGUCAGUGGAGUUUCUUAUAUGCAUAUAUAUUAACUGAAAUAAAAUAAACAGUAGGUUAGGGACAGCCGAUAUUUUUUAGAAAAAGGUAGAAAGUUGGAUUUUAGAAUAUCUUCACACAUAUGUAGAGAGAAUAUAUACUUUUUCUAUAAUUAUCUUGAUUAUUCAUUUUCAAGGAGUGCCAUUCUAGUUUAAUUAAUUUCUUCUAGUGUACAGAAUAGGGAAGUACCACAGUUUUCUUUUCAGGAGGCCUCAUGCCACUGGUUGUCAUAGUAAUUUUGGACAAAGGAAGAAUCAGCUCCAAGGUGUGAUUUACCCUCAAUAGCCACAGAGCUUUAUGCAAUUUGAAAGUUGUUCUUGUGAUUGCUCAACAUUGCAAGUUUGUUACAGACCUGUAUAUCACAGGUCUGAAAUAGACUCCUUUUCUAAGAUGCUUCAACAGGGACCUAUGUUUCAGUUUUGGUUAGACUUAUUUCAGACUAUGGGUUUUUUUUUCUAUUUUCUGCUUUUCUGUUUUUAUUUAAUCAGAUAUGUAAAAUUUAUUUUUCCUAAAAUACUAGUCAAGUAUUCUUAAAGAUGUGAAUAUUCGUAUCCACAAAUAUGAAACUUCAGGGUGUUCUGCUGUUACACUCAGUACAGGCGAACUUGCUACCAAUGAAGUCAACAGUUUAUGCUGUCAAGGCAUAGUAUGCUUUAAUGUUUUCAAAGGAAAUAAAAUGAAACUGAGGUCUCAACUGAAAUUUGUCUCACAAUAUUUGUUGAUAUCUAAAUAAAGCGGUAUAUUUCACCUGUUAACAGACUCUAGUAAAUGUCACCAUGAGUUUUUAAAAAAUCAUCUUCCAUUUCUAGUUUCUGUAAUAAAUAAAAUGAAGCCAUGUCACAUUUGGUUCCUUUUGGUGCAUCAGUCUUUGAUAAAUCUUUUUUGUUUUGUUUUGUUUUGUUUUGUUUUGUUUUUCGGUGACAUUUCUAUAAUGUAACUGGGAUCAAAUGAAUAAUUGACUUUUGUACAAAAGUAAAAAUGGUAUUUUUAUGGCUAAAUUCAGCAAACCUCUACCUACAACAUGCUAAACUUAAAUCUUUUUUUCUUUUCCAAGUAAACCAUUGUUUUUGCAGUAUGUUGGUUUGUAAUUAAUAAAUAACAGCUUUUAAUGGACUGUGUAUGGCCUCUUAGACAUACCUCUAAUUUUAAAGGACAAAUAUUGCAAGUGCUAAAUGUAUAAACUAAAAAAUCUCCAUAUGAAAGUUCACCAUCAGGACAACAAACCAUUUAAGCUGAAACAGCUGUACUUAUUUCCACCAUUUACAAAUUGUGUACAAAUAUUGAAUCAAAUAUGUAUUUCAUUGUCUCAAUACAGUUCAUUUUACUUCCAUUAGUAAGGUUUGUUUAUAAUUUUUGAACAUCAAAUAUUAUAAGUUCUUGAUCUAUUUGAAAUGCAUAGUUUUCACCUAUGCAAUGCUCCCUACUUCUGUCCUUGUUCAUCUGUUCAUAUUUGACAUAAAUUAAAGAUAAUUUUUAAGGAUCCUACACAAAA